CUGGCAGUAUCCCGGCAGAAUUCGCAAAACGGGCGUGCCUUGGACGAACGGCGACAACGACUGUGACCGCGACCGACGGAAAGCUACCACGGCGGAGAAAUACGAACGCAACGCUCCGCCGCGUGACUUUGAAUACGAACGGAGUCGUAACUGUCAACGGUCGGAUUCGAAAGGCUCGCGAUAAGGCUUCUCCCGAGAAUCGUGCCGUUCGUCGUCUCUCGUCGGACCACAAUAUUAUCAUCGUUGUCAUCGGCCGAUCCGGUGAGGAGCCGGGUAUAUUGCUGUGGUGGCUACGUGUAUGAGAAGGCAACUAAAUGACCAUGUAUCACGGCACGUGCAACAUCGAGACCGGCUACAGCAUCAAUAUCAAGAGGACGGACGGGCGCAUUCACUCGGCAGUGAUAUCCGGGGUUAAUUGGGAACAGCGCACAGUCACCGUAGAAUGGUUCGAGAGAGGGGAAACGAAGGGAAAAGAGGUGGAAAUCGACGCGAUCCUUGCCUUGAACCCUGAGCUGGCCAGUCAGAAAACAAUGGGACCACCGGCGCCGGCUCAGAUCAACAACCACGCGUUGGCCACCCCCAGAGCAAGGGACUCUUCGUGCGAGGAGGACGAGGGGGUGGACGAGUCGGAAAACCAAGAGGAGGGCUCCCUUGGACGACACGGCGGUCACGCCGCAAGAAACGGCCUUGCAUCCGCAACGCUUCCUCAUUCUACCAAGCCCUCGAUCCCGGUAAAAGCGACUUCCAACAGGAAUUUGUCGCGACAAGUGACGGGCCGUCCGACGAGCGUGAUGCCGCCCACCACGACCGUCAACGGGCACAGUGAUUCGGUGAUCGGGCUGACGACCCGUCGCGAGCUGGAGAACAUACCGCCGGUGCUUGCGACGCCCGCCAUCCACGCACCCGUGGUCGCUCAGGCCAAACAGAAGCAACAACAGCAACAGCAACAAACGCAGACUCAGCAGCAGCAGACACAGGUGGAGAACUGUCGAGGCAGACGUUCGAACGUCGUGAAGGAGGUCGAGAGGCUGAAGAAGAACAGGGAGGAGAGGAGGCAGCGACAAGCGGAACUCAAAGAGGAGAAGGAGGCGCUCAUGAAUUUGGAUCCAGGGAAUCCGAACUGGGAGUUUCUUGCCAUGAUAAGAGAGUACCAGCACAGCAUAGACUUCAGGCCGCUACGGGACACGGACACCGUGGAGGACCAUCAGAUCACGGUUUGCGUGAGGAAGCGUCCGCUGAACAAGAAGGAGAACGCGCGCAAGGAGGUGGACGUGAUCACCGUGCCCAGCAAGGAUCAGAUGGUGGUGCACGAGCCGAAGGCCAAAGUCGAUCUAACCAAAUACUUGGAGAACCAAAUCUUUCGGUUCGAUUACGCGUUCGACGAGACGUGCACCAACGAGAUCGUUUACAAGUACACCGCGAAACCAUUGGUGCAGACCAUAUUCGAGGGCGGGAUGGCCACGUGUUUCGCGUACGGGCAGACAGGAAGCGGGAAGACGCACACUAUGGGCGGCGACUUCAACGGGAAGACGCAAGACUGUAAAAAGGGCAUAUACGCUAUGGUAGCCAAGGACGUGUUCAAGUGUCUCAAGAUGCCCAAGUAUCGAUCGCUGAAUCUGGUCAUAUCCGCCAGCUUCUUCGAAAUCUACUCAGGCAAGGUGUUCGAUCUGUUGGCGGACAAGGAGAAGCUUAGGGUUCUGGAGGACGGCAAGCAGCAGGUGCAAAUAGUCGGGCUCACGGAGAAGGUCGUCGAGACUUGCGACGAGGUGUUGAAGCUUAUUCAGCACGGGAACAGUGCCAGAACCAGCGGGCAGACCAGCGCGAAUUCGAACUCAUCGCGGUCGCAUGCGGUAUUUCAGAUCAUAGCACGGUCACCGGGCACGCACAAGGUCCACGGUAAAUUCUCUCUGAUCGAUCUUGCCGGCAACGAGAGAGGAGCGGACACGUCGUCCGCCAACAGGCAAACCAGAAUGGAAGGCGCGGAGAUCAAUAAAUCGCUGCUGGCCUUGAAAGAGUGCAUUCGCGCGUUGAGUCGCAAGGGCACGCAUCUGCCGUUCAGAGCCAGCAAGCUGACGCAAGUUCUGAGGGACAGCUUCAUCGGCGAAAAAUCCAAAACCUGCAUGAUAGCGAUGAUCAGUCCAGGAAUGAGUUCUUGCGAGCACUCGUUGAACACUCUUAGAUACGCGGACAGAGUGAAGGAAUUGGCGGCGACAGACCCGACGGAAAUGAAGGUUUCGCCAACGGACGACGAUCGAGACCCGAAGAUAGAGGAGCAAUCGAACAACAGCGUUCUGUCGGACAGCGAUUUAGCGCAACUUCGUUCGCUCAACGAAGGCGAGAUAUCGCAAGAUCUUUACACUUUCCACGAGGCAGUGUCCGCGCUGCAGAUGCUGGAAGACGAGGUAUUGGACACGCACAAAAUGGUAAUGGAAGGUACGACCAGAUUUCUCAACGAUGCGCACACCGUGUUCAGCGCGACGCACGAAGUAGACUAUGACCAAGAAGAUUCGCGCGGUAAACGUAAGGCAUACUCAAGCUGCACGUUAAAACGGGAUCAGAAAGACGGCAGGACGACUACGACGACCACGACUACGACCACGACGACAUUAAAUAAGGCCGCGCCAAUGAACUACGAUACGGAUACCAUAUCGGACAGUGACGAGUGCUCCGAUCUAAAUGGGAACGUUAAUACGACCACAAAGGACUCGUUUAAGUCCCCUUGGAAGGGUGAGAUGGAAUGUAAACGCGACGAUAGCUCGAACGAUACCGAUUGCGAGUCAAACGACGGUGAAAAGGCGAAUCAACGCCAGCCGAUCUCGAUCGAGACGGUUUCGAGCAUGGAUCCUAUUUCGAAAAAGUACUCGGCCAGCGACAAGUUCGCCUGGACGACCGGUCCCGUGAAAAAACUCGGACGCACGCCCAUCGCGAGACAGAGAACGUCCAAGUAUCAUUGGUCCGGCACGUUUAACACUCGUUUGAAAAAGUACUCGUCUUUCAACGAGAGAGAAAACACCAGAGCGUCUCGUUCGAUGCACGACACCGUCGACGGUAUCGACGACACGAAUUACAAUUACAACUUCGAGGAUUUCGACAACCAGAAGCCCGCGAAGAAGACGAAGCUGUUCGGCUGCGAGAAAUCACGUUACGACAGCGACGAGAUCACGACGCGUAACGCUCGUAAAUGCUCCGACGACGAGCUCAACAUCCAAGUAGAGAAUUCGAAACAUCGCGGCGACGAAACACCGCGACUCGCCUCUCCCCGCGACGAUUCACACAGUAUUUUAAACGAUCGAAAGAUCGUCGGCGAACGGUUCGACAAAGAGUUAUUCUCGUCGAGAUAUUGCCGAUUUUUAUUGACGCUGUUCAAAAAUCUAUUCCUCUUCUCGUGUUUACCCACCGUGUACGUGGCCUUGUUCGUCUACAUGAACAGAAUGGAGGACCAUUAAACGAAAGCCGAGAAACGUGUGUUUGUGGUCCUCAAGAUUCUCGAUAGCGCUUCAACGUUGCGAGACGCGAUCGCUAGUUUUACUACUGUUUUGUAACGACGUACCGUAGGUGUUAAGUUUUAACAGAUUUUAAUCGACACAGAACCUCUGAUCUGUCGUAUAUUUUUAUUUUUAAGAAGCAUCGUACGUGUAAGUACUCUUAGACCUCGUUGACACCGCUACACGCGUUUCGAAAUGUUUUAAGCUGCUCCCACGGUGGAUGCAGGAAUCAUUGGAAUUCCAGGGCUCUGGAUCGUUUCCCACGCAUUGAAAUCGGCUUGUAGUCGCGAUCGCGUGUGUUAGAGACGAUCAAAGUUAUUUUUCGACGUUUCGGUGACAGUCCAAAGAGCAGAUGUUGCGCGAUACGUCAUUUUUUAUAACGAUUAAAUUAAAAAGAGGACUCGUUUGGCCUGGCCGAGAAAUCGUUGCUUUGUAGCUUUGUCCGCAAAUGGAUGCAAGCCGAACAACAACGUUUGAACGUA